AUGACAAAUUUACAUGUUUAUUAUUAUCAUGGUAAUGUCAAAGCAUUCAGACAAGAACUGGAUGGGAUUGGGAAAGGUUUUAAACAAGAUAUGGAAAAUGGGAUGAAUGGAGGGAAUGGCUUUGGGGGUAGUUCGAGUGGAGGUAAAAGUUGGAGUUUGAGUGGAUUGAUGAGUUUACCUAUAAGAGGGGAUCCUAAUGAGAGAGAUUGGUUUGGUAGGACCGUUCUCCAUCUAGCUGCCAGUUCUCUGACAACACAAUCAUACACUUUCUUUCAAAUCCUCUUACGAAACCCAAACGUAUCGGUAAAUCUUCAAGAUCACGAAUCAGGUUAUACGGCCCUUCAUCGAGCUCUCUUCGCUGGCAAUAUCCAUGCAGCAAGAGAUUUGUUACAGAGGAAUGAUAUUGAUAUUCAUGUGAAAGAUGCCGAGGGAUUGACUGCUUUCGAGUUGUAUAAUGGAACUGUGGAUGGUACUAGUCCUCCUAAAGAUGUAAUGGAUGGGACGGAUUUGUUCGUGUGGGGUGUGAAUCGUAACUUCGCCCUCGGCACUGGCGACAGCACUGACAAGGCCUAUCCUGACAGAGUCAAUCUCCAAAGUCAAGAUCAAUUCAACGGUCAUCCUGACCCCACCAAACGUUUCUCCCACGUAGGUGUACAAGAUGUGGUCAUGGGCAAGCUUCACACUGGAGUCAUCACAUCUGAAAACAGAGGUAAUCUCAGUUUAUGUGGUUUCGGGUCCAAUGGUCGAUUAGGUCGUUCAAUUCACUCUCAACUCUCUCUCCUUCCCAUGGCCGAUUUACCCCAUACAAUCAUUUCCAUAGCUUUAGGUCCAGACCACACCCUCGCUCUCACAUCCGGCGGGUAUAUUCUUUCUUGGGGACGGAAUCGCUUUGCUCAAUUAGGAUACGUUAUGGACCCUUCCGACAAACCUAUAGAUAUGGACGGUCAGGUCCAAAUGUCACCUAGGAGGAUCGUCGGUCCACUGAAAAAGGAAUUUGUGCGAGGUGUGGCGGCCGGACGUAUGGCCAGCGCUUGUUGGACGGCUGAUGCGGUUUGGACUUGGGGUACAAAUGGAGGUAAUUUGGGAUACGAUAAGAAUUCCAAUCCUGUACAAGUCAUGCCGAGGAAAGUCACAGCUAUCUCACAACCGGUGGUGGAUAUUGCGUUGUCUGAUCACGCUAUGAUAUGUCUUUUGGACACGUCUGAAGUGAUUUGUUUUCAUCAUGAUGUGAAUUUCAAGAUCAGCUUUUCCACCCCUCGAGUUCUAUCCGAAGCAUAUCCUUUUCGCCCUCCUCAAUCUACACUCAGACCUAUGAUCAAGAAAGUUACCUCAUGCAACCAAACCUUUGCCGCUUUAUCCUCCAUCGGUGACGUUUUCACCUUCACCCUUCCCAACCCCGCCGAAGAGUCAAAAGAUACUCGUGAUCGACACGUCAUCGUCAAACCUCAACUCAUCUGGGCUCUACGUAAACGAUUCGACGCCGUGCGAGAUGUUGCGCUAGGUUCCGAUAGUACUGUGAUCAUUUGUACCUCUGCCGGUCAUGUCUUCGUUCGUCAAAGAGCCAAGACUGGUUCGGGCCAAUUGAAGUUCAAACGUGUCCCUUAUCUACAAAGAGUCAUAAAAGUCGCUGCCAAUGAAGCUGGAGCUUUCGCUGCCAUCAGGGUGGAUGCAAAACCUAAAGACAUCAAGUUGAUUGGACCAACUCUUGAAGAAGACAUUUUCUCCAUUCAACCUCACAUCCGUCGACUGGAACUUCAAAUGAGUGCAGCUGAUUUCGAGGAGAGAUACGUCAAGCGAGCAAAGCAACAAGAAGACGAGGAUGAUGAUGAAAGUAACAAUUCGGUAAUUCAAGAUAUCAAAACCGCUAUACAACUCUGCACGGUACUUUCUAGAUGGCGUAUUAGUGACGACACACUUUUCUCUUGGCCAGAACCAUUGGCAAGUGACAUUCAUCUCGUUGUCGGACAUCAUUCCAUACCUGCUCACAGCCUCAUACUCAAAUUACGCUCCCCCAUUUUAUCUCGAAUUCUAUCAGGUGAGACCUUUGAUCGAUUUUCUCUCAAUCACUCUGAUGGUUCUACCAAAAUUCGAAUCGAAGCUUGUCAUCCUCUUGUAGCUUUACUCCUCAUGCAAUACCUCUACUCUGAUGAGAUCUCCGCAAUAUGGGAUCCACGUGUAUCAAGAGAAAUACUAGAAAGAUUUCCGGACUUACAACUCCCGAUAACGAACAUCAAAACCGAUUUGAAGAUCAUAGCGGAUAUCCUUAAAUUGGACGGCUUGUCUGUAGUGCUACAAGCUGCGUCAAAGGUGUCGAUUUCACAACAGACCCUCUCCGGUGAUCUUCAAAGAUUUUUUGAUCGAACCAAUGUCAAUGGUUCCGAAGAUUGUGAUAUCACACUUUGUUUGGAAGAUCGAGAAGUACGAUGCUCUUCGACAAUCCUUAGAGCUCGUUGUCCAUUCUUCGAAGCCAUGUUUGCGGAUGGGGAUUGGAUGGAAUCGCAGGGUGUAGUGGAGAUGCGUCAUUUGAGGUGGAGGCCGAUGAGGUUGGUCUUUCGUUGGAUCCAUGAAGGAGUGGAGGACGAAUUUUUUGAUUAUUUGCACCAAGAGACUUUGGACGAGUUUCUCGACUUUGUUUUCGAAGUCCUUGCUGCUGCUACUGAGUUGUUACUCGACCGUUUAGUUCUAGUUUGCUCCCGAGUGAUCACCCGUCAUAUCAACGCCUUCAACGCAUCAGCUCUCGCUUGCGAAGCAUCCUUCUACCAAGCCAUCCCUCUGAAAGAGGCCAUAUUCGAUUAUAUCAUCGUCUCCCUCGAAACGAUGCUUGAGUCAGGUCUUCUGGACGAGAUGGACGACGACGUGUUACAUGAUUUAUCAAACACUAUAGUCCAAAAACAAUCCAUGAAAAUACCCAUUCCAAGAACCGAAGUCAUCCCGAGAAAACUAAUGGAGAAAUAUAAAGAUUGGUUGGCUUUACAAGAUUUACCUAUUCCAAGAAUCCGACAAAAGUGGAAGCCUCGAUCACCAUUGUUGACUCCUGCGGAUCCCAGAACACCAAGGAAUGGAAAGAAGAUGGACAGUCCUAUGACUAGUCCGCUUAUCACACCCGCAACUACUACAGAAGAUAUUUUCGCAAUGGAUGAAGAUACUUCUCCUCCGGGUACGGCGAGUUCUAUGAGAGUGAGACCGAUGACACCUCUGGAUUUGGGGUCGGGGUCGAAAGCCAAAGUUUGGAAGUCUAGGACUGUGGAAUCGGGAAAGAAAGACCUUCGAAGUAUAAUGGCAGAGACAGCUGCUGCUAACAAAACACCUUCUCGUCCUACUUUCACCUCCACACCUAGUAGUCUCACUGUCAAACCCUCAACAACCCCUCAAUCCUCUCAAUCACCAUCAUUAUCUCGUACAUCGGUUCUGUCUAAAUCCCCAACUAGUAAACCCACCGCUCUCACUGGCUCACCAUGGCGACCAAUAGAACCUCGUCGACCUUCCAUCACCGCCGUUCAAACCCAACAGUCUACACCUCCUUUGACAUCCACUUCCAUCCCUUCUUCCCUCUCUCGUGCUACAGGCACAAGAAAUGCUAUACCUCCAGCAGGAAGUUCCAAAGUUAUCGUUCCUAUAAAAUCUGCUCCCAUUCCAAGUCGGAAGACAUCUGGAUCAGGUGCAGCAUGGACCAUACCCACUUUCGCCCCUGUUCCUCCCAUCUUAUCAGGUUCCGUCUCACCAGGAAACAGUUUGAAUCAAUCCAUGUCCCUCUUGGCUAUCCAGAGACAAGAACAAGAUUUGGCGGAUCGUCACAAAGGUCGAGCAGUGGCUAGCUUUGCGGAUAUCUUGGCAGAGGAGAAACGCGCUGGAGAGGAAAGAGAGAGGAAGAGAGAAGAAGAAGAUUUCUCUAGAUGGUGGGAGGAAGAAAGAGCUAGGUUGGAGAGAGAAGCGAUGGGAGUCGGGAGGGGUGGAGGAAGAGGGAGGAAUGGUCCUAGAGCUGUUAAUGCUAGAGGAAGAGGGAGAGGUAAAGUUGGACAAGAUGGUAUGGUCAAUGUAGCGUCAAAUGGAGGACAGGGACAAGGUGGGAUGGAAAGUUCGGGACAUGUAAAGGAAAUGGGAGGAUCAAGAGGUAGAGGAAGAGCAAGGGGAAUGGUGAGAUCUUAAAGUGAGUUUAGGUAUUUACGAAUGGUUUCUUCAUACUGUUACUCGUACAUGCAAAUGUUGUGCUGAUU